AUGGAGGAAGAUGAAAUGAUAUCCAAAUUCACCGCCGAAUUAAUGGAUAUAGCAAAUCAAGCUGCUCAAUUGGGCAAAAGGUACUCAAAUGGAAAAUUGGUGCGAAAGAUUCUUAGAUCCUUACCUAAGAGAUUUGAAGCAAAAGUGGCAGUUAUUGAAGAAGCUCAUGAUAUCUCAACAACAAGAUUGGUUGAACUGAUGGGAUCUCUUCAAGCAUUCGAAAUGAACAUGAAAUCAGAAAGGAAGAAUAAUGAAGAUCUAAAGGAUAAAGCAACUGUCAAUCAUGUUGUCUUCAAAACAAAUGCAGAGAAGGAGCUUUGUCAAUGUCCUACAAGAAACUCUCAGAAGGAAAAAGGAAUCAGGAAAGUUAGGGUUAAGAAAAUGAAUUCAAUGUGUGGAGUGGCAUACACUUCUGCAAAGACACCGUUGAAUGAAGAUUGGUAUUUUGACAAUGGCUGUUCUAGACACAUGAUUCGUAAUAAAAGUUUGCUUAAGAACUACAAAAACUUCUUAGUUGGGGAAGUUACAUUUGGAGAUGGGCAAAAAAGUGAAGUAGUUGGUAAAGGGACAUUAAUGUUACCAAGUUUACCAGACCUGAAAGAUGUUCUGCAUGUAGAUGGUUUAAAAGUGAAUCCAAUGAGUAUUAGCCAACUAUGUGAUCAGAAUAUGAUAGUAAAGUUUACUAAAGAUAGUUGUAUGGUCUAUGAUAAGAUAGCCAAAUGUGUCUUAACUAGUGCAAGGUCUUCAGACAACUGCUAUUUACUUCAAAAACUGCAACGGUGUUACAACACCUCCUGCAACAUGACACAAACUUAG